GAGAUUGGAUCUUUGUUUGCAAGAGUUCUCUUCACCUUUUGCUGCAGAAAUCGGCGGCGAGGACGUCCUCAGAUUACCGAAAAGAUGAGCGCUAACGUCGAAGAAGAAGUUCAGCGUCCUCUUGAGGAGUUAGAAGAGCAAUCCGAGCGAGCAGUUGGAGUUACCUUGGAAGAUACGACCACGAGCGCAGGUAAAAGUGCUGUCGAUGGUGAAGAUAAAGACACAGACGAACCACCAAAGAAAAAGUCGAAGAAAAGCCCUGCAAAGAAAGCGUUGAUUGCAGAACCUACGAGUACAAGCAACGAUAAAUAUCCCUUUGCCCGUUCGCGUGGAAUAAGAAUAUUCAGCGAUCGAGAGAUUGAAUCACAGGAUGCAGAGAUGACCAAAGAGUACUGGCGUUUUUGGAAUGACACAGCUGAAGAAUUGUGUAGCGACAGAGCUUACAACGACUGGGGCAAGCGCGAUCUUAAGCUUUAUAUCGAUGCUGCCUGGAUUAUUCAUAAGACAUACUUGCAAGAAUUACGAGAACGAGAGCUGGCGGGAAUGUUGAAAGAGCUGCAGGAGAAACACGGAUAUGUGGAGUUGCCGCCGAAACUGAAAACCCAGGAUCAAGCUGUUACUAGCGCACUCUCAAAGUUGCAAGAUUCCACAGCAAACCUGAAUGAGCUGAACCUGGAAUUGUCACGCACAAGAGGCAAAGCCAUGAAUCUCAAACAACGAGCAGUGGAUGAUUCAUUCCCUGCCAAACAGAAAGAUGAAGAAACAAGAGUGAUGAGUAAACAAAUCAGUGAGCUUGAGAAAAAUCUCUAUGAAGGAAUGUCUGAAGUAAAGAAUGAUCAAGAUUCCAUGAAGAAAGCUCUUAACAGACAGAAAACAUUGCUUUUUAAAGCACGCCAGGAUCAUCCUGUACUUGGAGACAGUUAAAAAAUACAUGAGACCAUUUACAGACAAAGUGAACAAAAAAAAUCUAAGUUUUUAUUUGGUAGACAAAAGUAUUGCCAUGUCACUUAUUUGCCAGUAACCAUUUUCCAUAAUCUUGGACCUUAAUUUUAGAGCAAGGAUUUUUGUCUUGUUUUAUGAAGAACCUCUUACAUAAGUUAUUGAUGUACAUGUUCACCUCUUGAGGAAGUAUAACCGAUUGAUGGAUAAGAGUCAUUCCUCAUGAAUUUCAUUUUGGUUUUAUCACUAGCAUUAUGUUUAUAGAAUAUGGACCAAGAAACUGCAGUGAAUGUCAAGAUCAAAUGUUAAUUGUGAAACUGGUCCUCUUUGUUGAAAAUGUCUAAUUGAUGUUGAAAUGAAUUACAGAGCCAAGAAAUAUGUAUAGUGAGAAACUAA